GGGAUACUGAUGUGAUACCUGCAAUGGAAACCGGCGCUUGACUUGUGGAGCAGGAACGCGAUUGAGAAUGGACCGGUUGAUCCUGUUCAUGCUGCUGUGUGGUGCCCUGGUGAAGGGGAACAAUUGUCCUGGCCGCUGCAUCUGCCAGCACCUGUCGCCCACCCUCACGCUCCUCUGCGCCAAGACAGGCCUCCUCUUCGUGCCGCCCACCAUCGAUCGCAAGACGGUCGAGCUCCGGCUCACUGACAACUUCAUCACCGUCAUCCGCAGGAAGGACUUCUUCAACAUGACCAGCCUGGUGCACCUCACCUUGUCCCGCAACACAAUUAGCCAGAUCAACCCCCAGGCCUUCUUAGGCCUGCGCUCGCUGCGAGCGCUGCACAUGGAUGGAAACCGCCUGAGCGCAAUCAGGAGUGACUACUUCAAAGGUCUGAACAACCUGCGGCACCUCAUCCUCGGGAACAACCAGAUCCACCAGGUAGCAGCCACCUCCUUUGAUGAGUUUGUCUCCACCAUCGAGGACCUGGAUCUGUCCAAUAACAACCUGCGCACUCUGCCUUGGGAAGCAAUAGCCCGGAUGACCAACAUUAACACACUCACCCUGGACCACAACCUGAUCGACCACAUUGGAGCAGGCACCUUCACCCUGCUCACCAAGCUGGUCCGCCUGGACAUGACGUCAAACCGAUUGCAGAAGCUGCCCCCUGACAGCCUGUUCCAGCAUGCUCAGGUACUGUCCGACGCCAAGGGCUCAAGCUCGUCCACCCUGGCCGUCAGUUUUGGCGGGAACCCGCUUCACUGCAACUGCGAGCUGCUAUGGCUCCGCCGACUGACCCGCGAGGAUGAUCUAGAGACUUGCGCCUCCCCAGAACACCUCAUGGACAAGUACUUCUGGUCCAUACAAGAGGAGGAGUUCAUCUGCGAGCCGCCAUUAAUCACCAAACACCUUGCCACCAAGCCCCACGUGAUGGAAGGGCAAGGGGUCACCCUUAAGUGCAAGGCGGUGGGCGAUCCUGACCCGGAGAUCCACUGGCGUUCGCCGGAUGGAAAGCUGGUGCACAACAACACCCGCACCAUCCUGUAUGAAAAUGGCACGCUUGAUAUUCUCAUUACCACGCUGAAGGACAGCGGGGCGUUCAACUGUGUGGCCUCCAAUGCAGCGGGCAUCGCCACAGCUGCCGUGGAGAUCAACAUGAUUCCACUGCCACUGUUCGUUAACAAUACGGGCCACAUGCGCGAAGACCCAGGCCUGUCGGACAUCACCACCUCAUCCAAGACAGGCAAUGACACCAAGGGCUACGACAAGCAGGGCAGGAGGGUGGUGGUCACGGAGUUGACCUCGUCUUCAGCCGUAAUCCGAUGGCUGUCUGAGCGUCACAUCCCUGGCAUCAGAAUGUACCAGAUCCAGUACAACAGUACCGCCGAUGACACACUAGUGUACAGGAUGAUCCCGCCCACCAACAAGGAUUUCCUGAUCAAUGACCUGGCGGCCGGGCGCGAGUACGACCUGUGCGUGCUGGCCGUAUACGACGACGGUGUCACCUCGCUGACGGCCACGCGGGUGGUGGGGUGCAUCCAGUUCCACACGACCGGCGAGGUCAGCGAGUGCCGCUUCAUGCACAGCCAAUUCCUGGGGGGAACCAUGAUCAUCAUCAUUGGCGGCAUCAUUGUGGCGUCCGUCUUGGUGUUCAUUGUCAUCCUCAUGAUCCGCUACAAGGCCUACAGCGGACCCGAGGACGGCAAGGCCAAGGCCUGCCCCGGCGUCCGCUCGCAGGCCAACGGUAGCCACCAGCUGCUGCAGCGCUCGGCGUCCUGUCAGCCUUCGGAUGAGGGUCAGCGUGAUGGGCCUAAGGAGUGCAUGGCGCUGGUUCUGAAGGUGGACAACGAGAAGGAGGAGGACACCAGAGCCGUAGUGGCAGUAGAGGCGCCCUCCGUGGUCCUGGAGGUGGAGCUGCCGCCGACGACUAAGCGAAGGACCAGCCUGCCGCCAGACGACACGCAGACAGACAGCAGUCUCAUGGGCUCCACCAUGUCGCUGUGCCUCAUCGGCCCAAAUGCUUGCUCCGCCGAGGCGCCGCGCUUCAUGGACAAAAAGGGCAUGCUGGCCAACGCGGGGCUGCUGAUACCCAACGAGCUGGCACGAACUCGGCACAGGUUCUCCUUCGACGGGGGGGACUACUCCAUAUUUCAGAGCCACAGUUACCCGCGGCGGGCCAGGACGAGGUGGCACCGCUCCACCAACCAGCUGGACGCUGAAUCGUCGCCCCUGGGCAACCGCAGGGUGACCUUCAGCAGCACCGAGUGGAUGCUGGAAAGCACCGUAUAAACGUGACACUCAACAAACAAACGUAAACCACAUCAGCCCUUCAGCCGGCCUCGCCAUCACACCGCCAGAGAGCUUUGUCAGUUUUUCGACCCAUGUUGUUUCUUCUUUAACGCAGCAGUGCCUUAAUUCUCAGAAACGAACAACAAAAAAGUACGAAUGGAGGAUGCUGCUCGCCAUCGUCCAUAACACCCCCCCACCCACGCAUUUCCUUCAUUUCUUUGACGAUUCGUUUAUAACUGUUCGUGUGAGGUUUGUAUGUGUUUUUUCUAUCAAUGUUCAAAAAAAAGAGAAAAAAAGCGCAACUUUCAAGUGAACAGCAACACAAAAGAAACACUUGUGCACAGAAGACACGAAGAUACCAGGACAUGUAUCAACACCACUGUAAUAAUUUAAGCGGAACAAAGCAAAAAAAGCCGUAUUUUACAAGUUUCUUAACAGUGAUGGGAUUCCUUCUCGCUAUCCUCAAGGGACUGGACGGUGUGAAAUAGCUCCAGAUGUGACUGUAUAUUAUUAACCCUAUCUGGCUGGUCUAGAUCAAACAGACGACAACAAAAGACCUAUAUAAGUAUAUUCAAACAUUUGGUGUAUGUGUACUAACUAUGUAAAGUCAGUAAGUCAUAACG